UCAAAGUAGUGGUACUCGGGUUAAUCAACGGAAAAACAAAAGAGGUUUAGGGCUGCCUGAAACUUUCCACCGGAAUCAAAAUUCUAUAGCCACCGGUGAUGAAAUUCCGGAGCCACCUUUGAACCCUUUUCCUUCAUCAUCCCUGCUACUCAAAUUCGAAAUUAAUCACUAGAAUUUCAUCCCCCAGAUUUUUUCGGUGUCUCAGCCUUCACCUCCUCUCUCGAAAUCUCUAGUUUUGGGAAAUUUUCUGUUGUUUUCAAUUCGUCAUCUCCGCCUGAAGAAACAGAUCCCCCAGAUUUUUCACGGUGUCUCCGCCCUCACCUCCUCUGUCGAAUUCUCUAGUUUCCGCAAAAUUUCUGUUCUUUUCAAUUCGUGAUCUCCGCCUGAAGAAACUGAUAUCUAUAUCUCCGCCCUCACAUUUGAUUAGAUCACUACUUGGAAACCGGAUAAGUGGUCGAAUCCCAAAAGAGAUUGGAAACAGUCAACCCUUGAGAGAUUUGUAGUUGAAUACAACCAGAUUUCAGGAGCGUUACCUCCAGAGCACGGGAAUCUACCAAACAUUCAAAGACUCUUUGUUAGCUCGAACUACUUGAGUGGGGACAUCCCAAGUACAUUUGCCAAACUUACUACAUUGACUGAUGUCCGUAUAAGUGACAACCAAUUCAUUGGUGUCAUACCAGAUUUCAUCCAGAACUGGACAAAUCUUAGCAAACUGAUUAUUCAAAGAAGUGGUUUAGUCGGACCGAUUCCUGGUACCAUUGCUCCUCUUGCGAAGUUAACAGAGCUACAUCAUCGCUAUCACCAGAGCAGCUCUGUAGUUGAGGUUCGUGUGAGGCAUUUUGUUGAAAGAGAGUGUGAUGAUAUAUAUAGCUCAUGGGAUGGAGAUAACCAGGAUGUGAAGGUCAAUAACUUGAUUGAAGAUAUACGUGAGAAUCGCUUGGAUACACAUGCUUGGGAUGUCAAUGAAGCUUCAGUUAGCAAGAAGCGCCAUGUACCUCAACAAUCAUCAAAAAAGAAGAAAGCUGCGAAAAUACAUUCUCACGAAGCAGCGACAACUGAGGUACAAAAGAUACGCUUUGAAGGUGAAAACAGUGGCAAUAUGAGAGUUCCAUCGGAAACUGAGAAGGCAGUCCUUGGAAUUGUGGAGAUGAUGAAGGCGCUGACUGAAAAAGUUGAAAAUAUGGACAAUCACCUUCCUGAGAAGGUUUUGGCGUCAAUGAAACCUGCAAUUCAUGCUGAAGUUAACGCCCAGCUUGACGAGAGACUCGUUACCGUGCACGAGAAGAUUGCCAACUUAGAAGAUGCAGUAAAGAAUAUCACUGAUCGCCUAAAAGCUGGUGAAAAUGUUGAAAGAGCAAAUUCCAACGCCAGAUGUAGUGAUGAAGCGACUAGUAAAGCUAUGUCAUGGAUGGUCCAAAAAAAAGCUACAUCGCAGGAUGAUUUUCCCAUUCAGUGUGUAGUUAAAAAUGCGAAGAAGGUGUCUCAGAAAACGGAGAAGGUCACAGAAAACAAUGGCUUGGAUUGCAAGGAAAUUCAGAAACCAGAAGUUCCACAUCAAGAUAUCGUCCGACAAGGAAAUUCUACUGUCAAGCGUAUCAUUUCUGGCGUAACCCAGUCGGUGACGGUAUAUGAUCCUUUUGCUGUCGUUGAUGAAAGUCUAUAUGCAAAGUUGUUGGACUUCAUGCAACCUGACGAUAUGGAACCAAUUGCAACAUGGGAUACAAAUGUGGAGUUCUAUAAGGUUAUCAUUACUCCAAGGAUACAUUGGCCAAAUAAUACGUAUGGAUGGUUGACUACCUCGCAUUUAUGUGCUGCAAUGCUGAUGUUCCACAAGAGGUCGAUGCGUACACCAUCACCAUAUUAUUCAUCAUGGAUUACAUUUUUGAAUCAGUGGUUUGUCAACACUUGGGUUCGUGAUUACAAAACUUUCGACCCAAAGACUUGGAUUAUACCAGAUAAGUAUCGUGGAGUAUUCAAUGGUACGUAUCCUGUUGAUUCAGUGACAAAUAAGAAGUGGAUUACUGAUGUCGACCAUGUGUUCGCCUGUCAUUUCAUAAAUGACAACCAUUGGAUUGCUCUGGAUAUAGACUUGGUGAAGGAGAAGAUAAAUGUAUACGACAGCAUCAUAACCAUGGUCAUGGAUGACAAGGAUAUUCUGAAUUUCUGUAGGCCAUUCACCAGGAUGAUCCCUGCGAUGUUGAACGCAAUGAUUCCGUCUCGGAAGAAGAGCGACAAGCAAUUCUUGGCUAAAAGGCUCAAAUCCAUCCCGCAAAAUAAUGAUCCUGGUGAUUGUGGUGUGUACACUUUAAAAUACAUCGAAUGUCUUGCUCUUGGUUGUUCAUUCGACGGCUUAUCUGAUAGGAACAUACAAGCACUCCGUCACAAGUUAGCUGCAGAAAUACUUGAUGAGGUGGGAGAGCCGGGUAUGUCGAUGUCCAUCUCAUUACCUGAUGGAAAGUUAGGACUUAGAGACUCAGAGUAGUAUCAAAUAUUCAUGUUUUUUUUUAACAUUUGUAGCUAAGAUUUCCUUGACAUUGUACUUGUGUUUUUUCUCAUCUUUUGAACUCACGAUAAUAUUUUAUGAAUUCGUCAUUACUAAAUCAAUAUCUAACAU